GACUCACAAUUUGUUGUUUCCCCAACCUGUGCACUCAGCAGAGUGUGUGCCUAUCUGCCUUUGUUCUUCACCAUGGCUUCUCACAAGACAUUCAGGAUCAAGCGAUUCCUGGCUAAGAAACAAAAGCAAAAUCGUCCCAUUCCACAAUGGAUUCAGAUGAAAACUGGCAAUAAAAUCAUGUACAACUCCAAGAGAAGACACUGGAGACGAACCAAACUGGGUCUAUAAGAACCCCAUAUUUUACGCUGUUUGAG